GGACGCACCCGGUCAUGUAAGAAACCAGUGGUGUAUUUGACUCGCCAGUGGUGGCAAACAAGUUUUACCACACCCAGGUUUGGAUCGAUUCCCAAUACUACGUGCGCCUUCCCUAUUGCCUCGGAACUCGGACAAAGUGCGCCGUUUACUCUGUCACCUGUGUAGCGAUUGUCGUGGGUCCACGAUGCGACGAACGCUGCCAAGCGACAAUAACUCCAGCAGAUCGGGUCGCUCUCGCAACACUACAUUUAAGAGGAAGUGUCACCCCAGUCGACUUUCUGUCCGUUGGAAUUCCAUUGGUGCACUUUCCUGCUCACGUGAGGCCUGCUCUGAGGCUACCGCCAGAUUGUGUUGCAUAUACCGUCUUCCGGUGGAUGAACCAUCACUUCCCGUCGUUGAUACAAUGCUCAAGCACACAGAUGGUCUUUUACGACCGAAACUGCUGUUCUCGGACUCCCGGCAUUCGAGCCUGAUCGAUCUGCCCACUAAACAUGUCAGAGUUUGCGGCGCCAAUCUCUGGAAGUUUGAUGUGUUUUCCCUCAAACGACAAUCAUCAGGUCAGGUUGUGUGUGAUUUGGGUAUGCAUCUAUUCGAAGUCCACGGUCUGUUCCGUCGUCUCCGUCUCAACCGUCUGGUUGCCAUGCGCACUUUAAAUGCUCUGGAAUCAGCUUACUGGGAGCACAAUCCUUAUCACACUGCAGUCCAUGCUGCCGACGUCAUGCAAGCCCUGCAUUGUUUCAUCUCUCAACCCAAGUUGCUGUGUUUACUGAGUCCUGUCGAGAUUCUUGCCAGUCUACUGGCCGCUGCUUGUCAUGACGCAGAUCACCCGGGAGUGAAUCAGAUGUACCUGGAAAGGACCGAAAACUUUUUGGUAAACCUAUACAAUUCCACCUCAGUUUUGGAACAGCAUCAUGCUCGAUAUGGACUGAGUAUUCUGCAUCAGAGUGGGUUGGUGAGCGAACUGAAUGCGCAAGACUGGAACACGAUGCGAGAGUGUAUAGUGAAAAUGGUACACGCCACGGAUAUGGCCUAUCAAGGAUUUUAUCGAGACAAAUUUACAGAAAUGCUGAAUGCUAGUAAAAACGAUGCUUCCUACUCCUAUACACCAGAGGAUCGAAUUCUUUUACUUCAGAUAACGUUAAAGUGCGCUGACAUCAGCAAUCCUUGUCGUCCAUGGGAAUCCUGCCGUCAAUGGGCUUAUCGAAUAUGUUCAGAAUUUUUCGGACAGGGAGAUCAAGAGCGACUUCGGUGGUCCUUGGCACCAAGUAUUGGUUGUGAUAGAAAUGCAGCUUCUGUUCCGCGCAUACAAAUGGCAUUCGUCGAUAAUCUCAUUCGGCCGCUGUUCAUGAAAUGGCACGAAUUUUUCCGGUCACAUCUGACGUGUGAAUUGAUCAACAAUAUGGACAGCAACUACUUGUUGUGGAAGCAGGAACUGAUUACUGGAGAAUCUAUUGUUAUAGGGGGCGGUCAUUCGUCCUACUCGAAACCAAAACCGACUAAGGCGACUCCUAAUCCAACGCCUACGGGUAACAGGGUGCAACGUAAGGGACUAAAGAGCAAACUGGCGAUUGGAAAAAAGAAAAAAGAAAACAAGGCAGGCAAGGUGUCGCUAGAGACUAACAACGCUCUGAAGACCGGCUUUCAGACAUUCUUCAUCACAACGCGCGGGAUACGCAGACACUCACUCCCAGAAACUCAGGGUGCAAUCAAGAAAACAUUUGAUUUCGCUUUAUUCAAGAAAAGCAAUGCUAUUCCGGGAACACCGCCGCAGCAGCAGCCUGAAGGAUUUUGUGGAACCACUGUGAUCACCAGUCUCCCCAGUUUGCCCAACUUGCACUUCUUCCAUGUCAACAAAUCCACGAUCAAAUCACUCCGAACUGCUUCCGGAAAUAUUCUGCAGACGCUGUGCGAGGAAAUUAUCAGCCAAGAACCUAAAUCGGACUAUUGUCGUGCCUUCGAUCUUGAUCCGUUCCCUCUCCCCGAAGCCUGGAAUGUGACUGGUUCAAAUCUAACGUCAAGUAUCAAUCAACAGUCCACAGUCCACCUCACGGGACUUACUAUCAAUCUAUCUGUUUCCGAUUUUAUUGCUCUCGCACAUCGCCGAAGUAGUGUACCACUGCUUGAGAAGUGA